AUGUCUUCCUCAUGUAGCAGCAGCUGGUGGGCAUUGUGCCGCUCGUUCAUCAACUCCGUCUAUCCGCCGUGGAGACGCUCUACACCACCGCUGCCGCCAGCGGGUGAUCCCGUCAAUGCUGUGGAUGAUCGUCACCGAUGCGGCUCUCAUCCAUUGGACUGUGUUGGAACCAGAGGCUGCAGUGUACCCGAGGAGUCCGGCCGUGAGGUGUUCCUGACAUGGGAGGAUCUUUCGGUGACAGCCUCUAGCGGGAAGGCAAAAGCCACAGUGAUUCUCGACAACAUCAGCGCGUAUGCGCGUCCCGGUGAAGUGCUGGCUCUCAUGGGGCCUUCAGGUUGCGGCAAGACAACCCUACUUGAUGCCCUAGCUGGACGACUUGGGUCUGACAAGAAAAAGACGGGUAACAUCUUGAUCAAUGGCCGACGAGAGAAACUUGCUUUUGGAACAUCUGCCUACGUGACCCAAGAGACUCUGCUGAUGGCGACGCUGACGGUGACGGAGGCCGUCCACUACUCGGCGCAGCUCCAGCUGCCGGACUCGGUGCCGCCAGCCGAGAAGAGGGAGCGCGCCGACCGCGCCAUCAAGCAGAUGGGACUCGCCGCGGUGGCCGGGCACCGCAUCGGUGGCCGCGUGUGCAAGGGGAUCAGCGGCGGGCAGCGCCGGCGCGUGAGCAUCUGCAUCGAGCUGCUGGCGUCGCCGGCGCUGGUGUUCCUCGACGAACCCACCAGCGGGCUCGACAGCGCGGCAUCGUUCCACGUCAUGAGCCGCAUCGCCAGGCUCGCGCGGGACGAGAGGGUCACGGUCGUCGCCGCCAUGCACCAGCCCAGCAGCGAGGUGUUCCAGCUCUUCCAUGGACUCUGCCUCAUGGCGUAUGGGAGGAUGGUGUAUUUUGGGCCAGCAUCGGAUGCAAUCCAGUUCUUUGAUGCUAAUGGCUACCCAUGUCCUAUGAGAAGGAACCCUUCAGAUCACUUCUUAAUGAUGAUAAAUAAAGAUUUCGAGGAACUUGAGGAAGGGUCCACCCUCCUGUUACCAUGUGCAAGUGAAGUCAUACAAACUUUAGUAGAUUCUUUAAUAUCUCAGAAUAGUUUGGCAAUGAGAAAUGAAGCCUUUAUGAUGAAGCAGGGUGCACCUUUCACUAAGAAAAGGCAAGCUACCUUCUUGACCAAAUGUUUAGUGUUGACCAAAAGAUCUAUAAUUAACAUGCAUCGAGACAUGGGCUACUAUUGGUUGCGGUUUGGUAUUUAUAUAGCCAUUUGCGUAAGCAUUGGCACAAUUUUCUUCAAUGUUGGCUAUAGUUUUGCAUCAAUCCAAGCAAGAGCAUCUAUGUUAAUGUUUACAUCAACUCUAUUGACAAUGAUGUCAAUUGGGGGAUUCCCAUCUUUUGUCGAGGACAUGAAGGUGUUCAGAAAAGAGCAGCUGAAUGGUCAAUAUGGUGCUACUGCAUUUGUCAUUUCUAGCACACUCUCAUCAGCACCAUACUUAGGAAUCAUCUCCAUAAUACCAGGUGCAAUAUGCUAUUACUUGACUGGGCUUCAAAGAGGCUUUGAUCACUUCCUCUACUUUUCGGCAGUGCUAUGGGCUUGCACAAUGCUGGUUGAGGGGUUGAUGAUGAUUGUUGCUGCCAUUGUGCCUGAUUUUCUGCUGGGCAUAAUAACUGGUUCUGGAAUGCAAGGGCUGCUGAUGCUCAAUGCUGGUUUCUUCAGGCUUCCGAAUGACCUCCCGAAACCCUUGUGGAAGUAUCCAACAUACUAUAUCUCCUACCACAAAUAUGCUACACAAGGACUUUAUAAGAACGAGUUUCUGGGAUUAGUAUUUGAUGAUUUAGGAAGGGGACUCACUAUCAGUGGUGACUACAUAUUGAGGACCAGCUUACAAGUGGAGAUGGGUUACUCUAAGUGGGUGGAUCUUGCAAUAUUGCUUGUGAUGGUAUUGAUCUAUCGGGUCCUUUUCUUAGUCACUGUUAAAGUAGGUGAGGCAAUGAAACCCAUGAUUAAAUGCAUGUCAAUUAAACUCUAA